GUUUGAUAUCUGCAGGAUAAUUUGUCUUGUGUUGAUCUCUGUCAUUUGGAUUCGAGUGGAUAUCAGAAGCGAAACAAUUGAGAUAUCACAUUAAUCCGUGAAUAUCAAUCGAUAAUAAUUGGAGAUAAUUGUUAGGAAAGUACGGCGGAAAUGUCUUCACUACAAAAAUCGAUUUUGAAAUCCAAGUUGCCACCAUCAGGCCUUGAUUUCGGUAUGCCUUCUAGGGCCUGCAAAUCAAGAGCCUUUCAGCGAAAGCGUGACUACGAUCCUGUCGAGUGGCAACCAUAUUUCGACGAGUCUAAGGAUGUCAAAAUUCAGGAGAACACGUUCCACAUUUAUACCAAGGGCAACGAAGGCCCAAUUUUAGUUCUACUUCAUGGCGGGGGUUUCAGUGCUUUGACAUGGGCGGAGUUUACGAAGUCAAUAACGACAAUGGUGAUAUGUAAAGUAAUGGCAAUAGAUUUGCGAGGUCACGGAGAUUCACACACGUCAAACGACGAUGAUCUAUCGGCAGAUUCGUUAGCAAGUGACGUAGCAGCAAUUAUAGAGGCAACUACCGAAAAUUCCCCUGUAAUAUUAGUUGGUCACAGCAUGGGAGGCGCUGUAGCAGUUCGCGCGGCUCCAUUGAUUCCAAACAUUGCUGGGAUGGCUGUAAUUGACGUUGUUGAAGGAACAGCUAUGGAUGCGCUUACAUCUAUGCAAAGUUUCCUCAGAUCUCGACCAAACAGUUUCAGUACUAUACCUCAAGCAAUUGAGUGGUGCAUACGUAGUGGACAAAUCCGUAAUAUUGAUUCAGCCAAAGUAUCUGUUCCUGGGCAAAUAAAAAAUACAAAGACUGGCAAGUUAGCAACACACGACAUCGCGUCAGUAUUGGCCUCUCACGACCACUCUAAUGAUGUAGAACCAGUGCCACAGCGGGACGACGCAAUCCCGGAAGAAGAACCGCUAGCCAUGUCGCCACCAACAGCCACUUCUCCAACGGCUGCCACUUCCAGCAAUAAAAAUUACACGUGGAGAAUAGAUCUGGGAAAAACGGAACAACAUUGGUCAGGCUGGUUCCAAGGAUUGUCUGCAGCCUUUCUGAAUGUCUCAGCUCCCAAAAUGCUGCUUCUAGCCGGAGUAGAUAGACUCGACAGGGAGCUCACAGUUGGUCAAAUGCAAGGCAAGUUUCAAAUGCAAGUACUUCCCGCCUGUGGUCACGCGGUACACGAGGAUGUUCCAGAUAAAGUGGCGGAGGCUGUAGCGACGUUUAUGAUCAGACAUAAAUUUGCUGACUCCGCCUCCGACUUUUCACGAACGCUACCAGCUUAUUAAAUGCAUGCUUGGUGCAGUGCUGUCAACCGGAUCUACGACGACCAAGUAUAUCGAAAUAAAAUAUAACGAAAAAAAUCGCAAAACAGAAACAUCGCAAAAAAGAAUAAUUUUUUUUGAAAAUUCAUCUUCUCAGUCGAUCAUAUGUGUAUCGAACCGUAUUAUACGCAUGUAAAUAAAUUUAAAAAACAAGACGAGAUCUGCAUGGAGAUCAUCGAUACUAUCCUAAUCAAGUAACCAAUAAUACUCGCUUUGAAUGAUA